AUGUCCAGUUGGCACACAGCUAUUUUUUGUUUGGGAUGCUUUUUCCUAUUGGUUCAAGGAAGAGCUGCAAAGGAAGACUUUGGAGUUAAGUCCUUCCCACCAUACAUAAGAUUACGGCACAAGCAAGACCGAAAUCAUGCCGUCACAAGGAACAAAGGUUACUUUGGUCAAGAGGAUGGACGUGGAUCUUGUGAACACAAGUAUUGUGGUCUUGGAAGACAUUGUGUAAUUAACCAAGAGACUGGACAAGCCGAAUGUGCAUGCAUGGAACGUUGUAAACCUCAUUACAAACCAGUUUGUGGUUCAGAUGGAGAAUUUUAUGAAAAUCAUUGUGAAGUUCACAGAGCUGCAUGCCAGAAAAAGCAAAAAAUUAUCAUGGUUCACAAUGAAGACUGUUUCUUAAAAGGAGACAGGUGCAAAGCCCCAGAAUAUAGCAAGAUGAAGAAUGCAUUAAUGGAGUCUCAGAACCAGAAAUAUGUCAGAAAGGGAAAUGAGAAUGAAAAUAUGGACAAAUUUGGUCUAAAAAAGAUGUUGGUUGACCAAAUGAUUAAGUAUUUUGAUGAAGACAGCAAUGGAUUGGUGGACACUAAUGAAUUAUCUCAGGCGAUGAGACAAGAAGGUUUUGGAAAGAAUAUGUAUGAAUGCUCCUUAUUUGAUCUUCUAAAAUAUGAUGAUUUCAAUGGUGAUAAACAUUUAUCCCUGGAUGAAUUCUACCGAGCAUUUCGGAUUGUUCAGCUAAUCCUUCCGGAAGAUCAGACCCUUAGCUUUACCACAGUGACCGUUGGACAAAGUGUUGUGUUGAUCUGCGGCAUACAAGGCAAUAUGAGACCUCCUAUUAUUUGGAAACGUAACAAUGUUAUUUUGAAUGCUUUGGACUUAGAGGACAUCAAUGAUUUUGGAGAUGAUGGAUCCUUAUACAUUACCAAGGCUACCACAACCCACAUGGGGAAUUACAGCUGUCAUGCUGAUGGCUAUGAUAAGCUUUAUCAAACUCAUAUCCUCCAAGUGAAUGUUCCACCAGUCAUCCGAGUCUACCCAGAAAGCCAGGCAAGGGAGCCCGGUGUCACUGCCAAUCUUAGAUGCCAUGCUGAUGGAGUCCCUCAGCCUCAACUCAGCUGGCUCAAGAACGGAAUAGAUAUUACAACAAAAUUGUCCAAGCAACUAACUUUACAAGCAAAUGGCAGUGAGGUGCACAUCAGCAACGUGCGCUAUGAAGACACUGGUGCAUACACUUGCAUUGCCAAGAAUGCAGCUGGAGUGGAUGAAGACAUCUCUUCCCUCUUUGUGGAAGACUCAGCCAGAAAAACACUGUCGAAUAUAUUGUGGCGCAAAGAAGGUCUUGGGAUUGGAAACUUGUUUUACGUGUUUAACGAAGAUGGUAUCAAAGUAAUCCAACCUGUAGAAUGUGAAUAUCAGAGACAUAUUAGGACGAUUGAGAAAAUUUUUGGAACCCAGGAUGAGGUUUGUCCAAAGUUAGAAGGACAUGAAACUCAAGGAUGUGUAUGGGCAUCUGCUGUUAUAGUAAAGGACAAAUUUAUAUAUGCAGCGCAGCCUAUGCUGAAUAGGGUCAUCCUUGUUGAUGUCCAGGCUCAGAAAGUUGUGCAGGCAGUAAACACAGAUCCUGUUCCUGUGAAACUGCAUUAUGAUAAGUCACAUGACCAAGUCUGGGUUCUCAGCUGGGGUACUAUAGAAAAGUCUUCUUCAACAUUACAGGUCAUAACCCAAGCAAGUGGAAGUGUUGCACAUCAUACCAUUCAUACUCAGCCAGUUGGAAAGCAUUUUGACAGAGUCGAUGACUUCUUCAUUCCUAGCACAACAUUGAUUAUCAAUCAUAUCAGGUUUGGCUUCAUCCUUCAUAAAGAUGAGCAAGCUCUUCUGAAAAUUGAUUUGGAGACCAUGUCUUAUAUAAAGACAAUAAGUUUAAAAGAUUAUAAUUGCAUCCCUCAGUCUUUGGCCUACACUCACCUCGGAGGAUAUUAUUUUAUCCAUUGUAAGCCUGAUACAACUGGAGCAAUUCUUCCUCAAGUAAUAGUCGAUGGUGUAACUGAUGCUGUUAUUGGAUAUAACAAAGAUGUGACUGGUACUCCCUAUGUCUCUCCUGAUGGCCACUACCUUGUUAGCAUUGAUGAUGUAAAAGGAAUCAUGAGGGUACAGCUUAUAACAAUUCAAGGAGAAAUCCAGGACUUAUUUGAUAUUCAUACUAAUUUGCAUAUAUCUGAUGUGGCCUUUCAAUCAUCAUUUAUAGAAGCUCAUCAAUACAAUGUCUAUGCAAGCUCUAGUACACAAACUGAUGUACUUUUUGUAGAGCUCUCUUCUGGAAAGGUAAAAAUGAUAAAGAGCCUUAAAGAACCAUUGCAACUAGAAGAAUGGCCAUGGAGUUCAAAGAAUCGAAUUAUCAUUGGGAGUGGCCUCUUUGGACAGUACUUAAUGACACCCUCUAAAGAAUCACUGUUUAUUCUAGAUGGACGACUCAACAAAUUAAACUGUGAGAUUACUGAAGUUGUAAAAGGCAACACAAUUGUUUGGUUUGGGGAAGUAUAA